AGUAGCAAUUUUUUUUUUCAAUGAAAUGAGAAAACAAAAAAAAAUUAUUACUAGAUGAUAAAACACCACUUUAAAGUACAGAUUGCUUAAUUAGCGAGGUAUAAUCAAUCACUAACAGAGAAUGGACUCCGGUAAUACCAACAGAUUUGUUCCCGAACAUCGUCGUACCAACUUUAAGAAUAAAGGACGUUUCCAAAAUGAUGAAUUAAGAAGAAGAAGAGAAACUCAUCAAGUUGAUUUAAGAAAACAAAAGAGAGAAGAAGUGUUGGCUAAAAGAAGAAAUUAUUUGAAUGAAGCUAAUGAUUCUGAAGAAGAAGAUGAAGAUACCACCAACAUUAAUAGUGAUGAAAAUCAAUUCUAUAGUAAAUUACAUGAAGAUUUACCUCAAAUGAUGGCAAUGAUUCAAUCAAAUGAUUUUGAUAGUCAAUUAAAUGCUACGAUUAAAUUCCGUCAAAUUUUAUCAAGAGAACAUAACCCACCUAUUGAUUUAGUAAUCCAUUCAGGAGUUAUUCCAAUUUUAGUUGAAUUUAUGAAAGAAUCUCAUCCUGAUAUGUUACAAUUGGAAGCUGCUUGGGCUUUAACAAAUAUUGCCUCCGGUAAUUCUGAACAAACUAGAGUUGUUGUUGAAGCUGAAGCUGUUCCAUUGUUUGUUAAAUUAUUAUAUUCACAAUCUUUGGAAGUUAAAGAACAAGCUAUUUGGGCUUUAGGUAAUGUUGCUGGUGAUUCAAGUGAAAAUAGAGAUUAUGUUUUAGCUUGUGGAGCAAUGGAACCAGUUUUAUUAUUAUUUAAUAGUUCUAAAAUGUCAUUAAUUAGAACUGCUACUUGGACUUUAUCAAAUCUUUGUAGAGGUAAAAAUCCUCAACCAGAUUGGAAUAUUGUUCAAGAUGCUAUUCCAACUUUAGCAAAAUUAAUAUAUUCUGUUGAUUCUGAAACUUUAGUUGAUGCAUGUUGGGCUGUUUCUUAUUUAUCAGAUGGAACUACUGAAGCUAUCCAAGCCGUUGUUGAUGCUCGUAUUCCUCACCGUUUAGUUGAAUUAUUAGGUCAUGAUUCUACAUUAGUUCAAACUCCUGCUUUAAGAGCUAUUGGUAAUAUUGUUACUGGUACUGAUUAUCAAACUCAAGUUGUUAUAAAUGCUGGAGUUUUACCAGCUUUAGCUCCUUUAUUAAAUUCACCAAAGGAAACUAUUCGUAAAGAAGCAUGUUGGACUAUUUCUAAUAUUACUGCUGGUAACAGUGAACAAAUUCAAUCUGUUAUUGAUGCUAAUUUAAUACCACAAAUUAUUAGAUUAUUAGCUCAUGGAGAUUAUAAAACUAAAAAGGAAGCUUGUUGGGCUAUUUCUAAUGCAUCAUCCGGUGGAUUAAGUAAACCAGAACAAAUUCGUUAUUUAGUUCAACAAGGAUGUAUUAAACCUUUAUGUGAUUUAUUAUCAGUUGCAGAUGCUAAAAUUAUUGAAGUUACUUUAGAUUCAUUAGAGAAUAUUUUAAAGAUGGGUCAAAUGGAUAAAGAAGCUAAAGGAUCAAAUGUUAAUGAAAAUGCAUUAUAUAUUGAAGAAGCAGGAGGAAUGGAAAAGAUUUUUGAAUGUCAAAGUAAUGAGAAUGAAAAGAUUUACCAAAAGGCUUAUAAUAUAAUCGAAAAAUACUUUUCAGAAGAAGAAGAUCAAAUCGAUGAAGAAAGUGUUGCACCAGAAGUUUAUGGUGAUGCAUUUGGAUUUGGUGUUCAAGGUCAACAACAAAACUUUCAAUUUUGAUUGAAUACGAAUUGAUUAUUGGUCAGAUUGAUAGAUUUUAAUUGCAGCCGGUGCAAUUGAUUUAAAUUUCCUUUAUUGUUGAUUUGAUUUACCAAUGUCGUUGAUUUCCUUAAUGUAUAUUAUACAAUAUUACAGGUGCCAUUUCAUUAUAAUUACGUUACGGUUUAUCCCAUUCUCCCCCUUUAAUGUCCUCUAUUUAAUAUUUAUCUCUAGCAUUUUCUUUCUUUUCUUACCUUACUUUCCCCUACUC